AAUCAACAAAAUAAAUCAAAAUAAAGGAAUAAUGUUAGGAGGACUAGUAGCUGACGAUGGUCUUGUUAUAGCGACUAAUAAUGUGUACAUAUUUAAUGUGACACAUAAUACAAUACAUUGGGAGAGUAUUAAAAAAGGAUCAAUAUCUGGUGAGGGACUCUGGACUAAGGAGAGAUAUACUCAUGCUAGUGCUAUUAUCAAUGGUGACUCUACCUCACCUGCACUAGUAGUGAUUGGGGGACGGGAUAAUAACAGUCAAGUAGUGAAUGAAUGUUUGUUAUUUGAUGAUUUUACUACUGGUCAGUUCAGUUGUAAGAAGAUUCCUCUACCUGAAUCUGUUACUGGUAGAUACUAUCACUCACUCACAGCAGUCACAAUGUCUCCACACUGUGCGUGGCUAGUAAUUGUUGGAGGAUAUGAAGAGUUUGAAUGGAAAGAUGUUGGAGGAGGAGUGGAGGAGCCAACGAGUACACUUAUCACUGAUACUAAUAGACUAACAAUGAUAAUUGAAUUAGUGUAUAUUGAAGCUGGUGAGUGGAUAGUGCAGUCAGUACUGGAUGGUAAUGAUCUCACUAGUAAGAAAUAUCAAGAAAAGUAUUCAACAUACAGCAAGACCAGAACAUGGUGGAUGGAUCAGCUAAUAGAAUAUCCCACAAAGAAGGAAAUGAAGCUUCAGAGAUACAUCCAGUCUUUACAUCAAGAACUACAAGUGGCUCAUCAGAACAAAGUAUCACUACAGGAGGCACUGACUGAGGCCAAUAAACAAGCUAACUUUGACAAAAUUGAAACUGUAAAGAGUGAGAAAUUGGAAGAGGUGUUAAAAGCACAGGCACAGUUACAAGAAGAGAAACAGAUUAUUACUGAAGAUUAUGAGAAACUGAAAGUUAAAGUUGCUGAUUAUGAAAUAUAUAUAACUGAAAUAGAAGAAGAGAAGAAACAAGUAGAGGAAGAGAAGGAAAAAUUAGAGGAAAAAUAUCUCCAGGAGAAACAGAUCACUAAAGAAUUGAAAAGUGAAGUUGCUGAUAAUGAAUUGUAUACUGCCAAACUAAUGAAGGAGAGGGAGCAAUGGAGUCAAAUGAAAGAGACUAGUACCAUUGGAUUACAAUUUAACUACCUGAUCCCUUCAAUGGAUAAUUUGGAUUGUCUGAGUGAUGUCCAGGUAGCAGA